AUGGCAGAAUACGGAAAGAGAUGUGAUAAAUGUAAUAAAUUAUUCCAAGUUGGCGAGUUUUUUAUUACUUUUGACGAUAAAGAAAGUUUUUGUAAGCCUUGUGUGCGGGACAAGUUAAAAUGUGAUGGUUGUUUUCAGUCUCCCGAGAUUAAUAGUAUGGAAGAUGUUCCCAGACUUGCAAGGAGAGGUGAAAAAUGCCCCAAGUGUGGAAAAACCCUUUUCGGUGGUGAGCCUUGUUUUUGCGACAUGAAUGACCUUAACAAAUGCCUUAAAUGUGGGAAGUUUGUUCAAGGAGGGGUUGAGGAGUGUAUCGAAUGUGCUUCCAGGAAUGAUAAUUUGAGAAAGUGUGAUGUUUGUAAAACUAGAAAAGCAACCAUUUUUCCUCUUAACCCUAAUGAUAAAUCUGCUUUUUGUGAGGAGUGUAAUCAGAAAAGGCCGAGAGGACCAAAAGGUAACCAAGAAAAACGAGAACAAAUAAAAAUAAUUUUUGAAAAGAUAUUAGAGAGAUGUCCCGAGGAAGCAUUUAAACCUUUGGGAGAACAAAAUGGAAAAAAGAAUUGGUGUGUAUAUACUCCUAUCUGGGUAAAGAGGAUUACCAAGGAGGAAGCGAGGGAGUUAAAAGAACUUUGCCAAGGAGCAAAUCCAAAGUUCUAUGGGGGAGGUAUUCCUUAUGAGUUAGAUAAAAUAAUUGGUGGUAAAGAAAGCGAGGAUAAAGAAAAUAACCAAUACACUUGCGAAAGAUUUAACUAUUUUUGUAUUGAUGGAGAUUAUGGCAAUUCCGUUAAAAAAGGCAAUAAAAAAGAGGGUUUAAAAAGAGAAGUUUUAUUUUGGAGAGAGUAUGCCAAGGAGUUAGAAAAGAAAUUGGCUAAUCAGAAUAAUUUAACCCCCGAGGAGAAACAGCAGGCUAAUUACUUAAAGAAAUUACAACAAAAUACUUUAAAUAGUGCUGAAAAUGCUUAUAGUAGCAAGUAUGGAAAAUUAACUGAGGAUAAUCCUAAUGAUAAUAAAGGAAAAGGAAUGAGUGGAGGAGUGAUUGCCUUGCUGGUGGUGGGUGGAAUUGUGAUAAUGGGAGGAAUUAUUUUCUUGCUAACUAGGGGGAGAAAGAAAAUUAGAAAACAGUUAUAA